AUGAUAAUAGAAACCAAAAAAUUGAUUGGUAAAUCACUUCGAUCAGCAAGACCUGUUCAUCAUCUGACUUCUGCCUCUGGAACAGUAUUCCCUUUCAACUUUUAAAAUGAAUAUCCAUGCAAUGCUCAGUACUUACAAAGUGGAGUUAGUAGAAGUAAGAUGAAUGGAAUGCAAACCUUUUCUCAAGGACUGAAUGACCAACAGCAACAUCAGUCUCCAGUUAAAAAGGAGAGAAUUAAAUACAGCAGAGAUUUCCUGCUGAAGCUCUCAAGUAUUUCCAUCUUCAGGAAAAAAACAGACUGUCUGCCUGAUCAUCUUAUUGUACUUCAAAAAUCAAAGACGCUGAGUCCCGGCGGUACCGUGAGCGCGGAACACAGGGACACGAACCUAAAAAAAACAAGAGGAAGAGGAAACGCCCGCGAGUCUGAGGGCCCCUCGACCAAGCGUCUGACUCAGCCGGGGGCUGGGAGGAAGCGAUCCAGGUGGGCCUGGUUACCUGAGACCCUGGUAGACUCUCGCCACCCGGGGAGGUUUACGACUAGCAAGCCCUCCACAGAGCCAACCGAGUGUCCCUAA